CCCCGCGGGACCGACCAGCAGCGCGCGGGCAACGAAUCCCCCCCCCCGCCUUGCCGGCCACGUCCCGCGCACGUACAUCAAAAAGUAGCACAUAGAUCACGACGACGACGACACGAGACGCGCGCAGUUCGCAAUGUCGGCGAGCCCCUCCAUACCCGCCACGCGGGUUCUCGCCGUCGCCAGCCAUGUAGUAUCGGGGUGAGUCUUUGUAUGAUUUGAUAGCCUCGGUCAUAUUCCAUUUCUUUCUCUCUCUCCGAUGCCGCUCCCCCCCUCGGAACGCAAGCAAGCAAACAAGCAAGUUUGUUGACCUGUGGCGUGGGCCCCCUCCCCGGGUGCAGGUACGUUGGCAACAAGAUUGCCGUGUUCGUCCUCCAGUCGCUGGGAUGCGACGUCGCCGCCCUCAACACGGUGCAGUUUAGCAACCACACGGGCUACCGGCAAUGGACCGGCACAAAGGCCUCGGCCAAGGAAAUCACGGACCUGUAUGACGGGCUGCGGCAGUCGUACCUCGACGACUUCGACAUGAUGCUCUCGGGCUACAUCCCCGGCGCCGAGGCCGUCGUCGCCGUCGGCAACAUCGCCAAGGAGCUCAAGGUCAAGAAUCGCGAGACGCCCGGCCGCUUCUUCUGGGUCCUCGACCCCGUCAUGGGCGACAACGGCAAGAUUUACGUCGCCGAGGAUGUCGUCCCCGCAUACAAGUCCCUCCUGCCGUAUGCCGACCUCAUCUUGCCGAACCAGUUUGAAGCCGAACUCCUGUCCGAGGUCAAAAUCACCGACAUGGACAGCCUCUCGCGCGCGAUCCAGGCGCUGCACGAAAAGUACCGCAUCCCGCACGUCAUCAUCACGUCGGUGAGCCUCUCCGCGCCCGACCACCCGCCCGACCACCUCUGCGUCGUCGGCUCCACGAUGGACUCGCGCGGCCGGGCGCGCCUCUUCAAGAUUGUCUUUCCCUCCAUCGACUGCUACUUUUGCGGCACGGGCGACAUGUUUGGCGCCCUCAUCACGUCGCGCAUGCGCGAGGCCGUCGCCACGGCCACGGACACCACGGCCACCACGGCCGACGAGCAGCACCACCCGGGGGCGCCGCGGCGGCUCGCGGACCGCGCCAGCUGGCUGAGCGACGACGACGUGCCCGCCCUCGAGCUGCCCCUGGCGCGCGCCACCGAAAAGGUCCUCGCCAGCAUGCACGAGGUGCUGUCCCGCACGCGCGACGGCAUGCCCGCCGUGGUGGAGCGCACGCGCGCCGCCAUGACGGAGGCGGACCGCGCCGACGACACCAAGGCGCACUACGUCAAGACCAAGGCCGCCGAGCUGCAGCUGGUGCGGAACCUCGACUGCCUGCGCACGCCGGCCACCGAGUUUAGGGCCAAGGCGAUAUAGUGCGCGGACGGCGGGGGCGGACGGCGAGGGCGGGCUGGCGUAUAGUGUGUGUGUGCAUGUGUUGUGUGUGACCAUUUUCGACAGCGAUAGAGAAGAGAGACACGGAGACGCGUGCAUAGAACGAGUUAAAGGCGCAAAGCAAUACGAUGGAGGUUGCAUCUCACGUUGCUCUAUUCAUCCGGCAGGCUGCUCGGUUUGCGGGCGGAGCUAUCUCACUCCGCUACCCAUGACGCUCCAUGCAGAGCGCGCCAUUAUGCCUCUCGAGCCCAGAGUUGGUGCCUGUACGAGGUACGGCCCUAACAGACGACGACGAUCGCGCCGUGUCACCUCGUCCAACCAUCCAAGGAUUCCCUUUUUUGGGUUCCAUUGCCGCUCGC